UUUGCCUAAACAGAAUAAAGUCAGUCUCACAAGUUCUCUUUCUACUGAAAAUCUCAGAAACUUUCUCAGACAUGGGUCUGGCAGCUGAAGAGAAAUUCUACCCUGGGACCUCUGCCCCCAAGAAAGUAACUGAAAUCACCAUAGCCUGGGGUGACCAUCUAGAUAAUGGGACCAGAAGACAUACCCAUGAUAGCUCCAAACAGUAAUUUGCAACCAAUAUACCUUCCUCCUGGUUACACAUCUCAGGUGGAGGAAGAAAUUGUGCCUCAAACACUUGACUACCACAUGCCCCUGACUGCUCCUGCUCAGCAGCUCUCACCCUUCAUAGCACCGCCACCGCUGACAUUCCCUCAGGCCUCUCAACUUCUGUAUCCCCCAGUUCAUGGGGAAUUCUCAAUACCUUCUUACUUCCAAGAAGCUGCUCCGCAGCAGAUGCCACCACCUCCAGCACUACCACCACCACCGCUGCGACCACCACCAGCAACAUUUAUAUACCAGGAGCAUCAUGAAACCUAUCGUCAUGGAAGAGCACAUCAUGACAAAUUGCAUAAAAGAAAUGUUAAAAUGUCAAAGAAGAAAAUGAGAGAUCGCCGAUUUGGUGAACAGAAGACUAGCUCCAUGUUUAAUAACACUCCUUUGCCUCUAAACAAAACUAAUGACAUGUCUGGUACUUCUAGUCUUCUUUGUCCUUACACUGUGGUGGAUGCUCCUCCAGGCAUUAACACUGAUAACAAUACUUCAAACACUUGCUCUCUGAAUACUGUCUUAAGCACUUGCACCAUUGACAAUACUCCAAAAACCUACAUUGCCGACACUCUUCCAGACAUUAGCACUACUGACACAAUCACUAGUUCCUCUGAACAUACCCCUAGCACUUCUAUCUCAAACGCUACUCUUUGCUCUGACAUCAUUAAUAGUGCUCCAGGUCCUUCCAGAAUUGCUCAGGAUCCAGUCACCUCUGAUGGAACUCAAAAGUCAUCAAAUACCGAGAGUACUCCAAGCUAUAUUUCUGAGAGUGAUCGCAACAUUUUCAUCUCUGAAAACACUCAUCUCCCCGCUUCAAUUAAUAAUGUGUUCAGACCUUCUGGUGCUGCCAGCAUUUCCAAUAAUACCAGGGCUUAUACUGAAGAUAAUCAUGGAAAGAGAGAGAAUAAUGUGGAAGGUGAAGACAAUAAGCAGAUAUCAGAUGAAAAACAAAGGAAGACUCAGUCUACAAAUGCAGUACUACAAGAAAACAAUACAGAAUACAGAGCACAGCCCUGCUGCUCCAACCUUGAAAAGCCUGUGGUUUCUAAUAUCCAAACAAGAUCUGCUACUGUUUCAUGGAAUCUGAACAGUACUGAAAAAUGUGAUCAUAUUAAUUCUCCUGUGACAUUUGAACUGGCACUGUCUAGCAAUGGUAAAAAUGAAAUCUACAAAAGCAUGUAUAAUGAUAAUGAAGUUACAGUGGAUCUACAUGAUCUCCAGCCCUGCACAGUCUACUUUUUAAGAGUUACAACCAUAAGAGAUGCACAGCACAGAAAUGUGUCUGAAGUGGUUAGUUUCGCAACACGUGGCUGUGAACCGGACCCUCCACUUGCACCAAAACUAAUUAGCAGAACCAAGAACAGCCUGAACCUGCAGUGGAAAGGUUCCAAAGACAAUGGAUCCAAAAUAAGCAGCUUUCUUUUGGAAUGGGAUGAGGGUAAAGGUGAAGAGUUCAAAAUUUGCUACAGUGGUCCCAUGAAACAGCACAAGAUAUUUAAACUGACUGCUUCUACGAAGUAUGCAUUCAGAUUAGCUGCCAAAAAUCACUUCGGCUCCAGUAAUUACAGUGAAAUAGCCGUCUUCCACACAUCAGGAAACACACCUCCGGCACCGCUGCCUCCUAAGUUGAAAGAAGCAGGAGUCUAUCGUUUGUGGCUGGAAUGGUGUGCCCCAACAAACCCAAACCCAAAUGACAUUCUUACUUAUGUCCUCGAGAUGGAGGAACCAAGAUCUAGAUUCGGUUUUAAACCUAAAUACAAUGGAGAAAAUCUCUCCUGCAUUGUAAGACAUCUUCAGAGAAAUACUGCAUACAAGUUUCGGAUUUUUGCCUGCAAUCUGGAAGGAAGAAGCAACCCCAGCAGAGAAGUAAAAUACUCUACUCGUCCAGCCAAGCCUAGAUACCCAAAGAAACCAUAUGUAGUGGGAGAAAUUCAAGCACGCCAAGUAAAAAUUGGAUGGGACUCCCCCAGAGACAAUGGUGGGAUGCACAUUUCAAGUUACAGUUUAGAAGUCAGUGAAAAUUCAGAUGGUGCAAAUCUCUGGAAGAUAAUCUACAAUGGCACUCUUCAGGAAUUUCUGUAUGAUGGCCUCCAACCAGGCACUACAUAUAAACUGAGAGUCUUUUGCACUUCACCUGUAGGCAAAAGCCAGCCUUCUGAUGUAUUGAAAAUUCAGACACCCACUCUACCUCCUGCGUCUUAUCGCUCACUACCCUUAAACAGUAAAACCAAGUGCAAGGACAGAAACCUUCUCCUUGGCAACCAAUCCAUUAAUCGGAACUGGGAAACAGUCAUGCGUGGCAAAAAAGCAAAAGGUCCCUGGAAUGACAGAAAGGAGUAUCCAGGCUCUGUAAAGAAAUGUACACUUGGAUCUCCUUCAAUGAAGUGUGAAACUGUACCAGCCCAUGAAGAUUCCAUGCAUUUGAUUUACACUGGCCCUUGUUUGCAGUACGAAGUCAAAGGCCUUAUUCCAGCAACCACGUAUUUUUGCAGAGUCCAGGCUGUCAAUAUAGUUGGGGUUGGAAUGUUUGGAGGAACUGGAAAAGUAACUGCACCGGGAACUGUACCCGCCAAAGUUCCAAUGUUACAAGAAGUUGAAGACAAAGUUCCUGCCAAACUAUCUUCAUCUUGCAUAGCUAUCCAAUGGGAGGAGCCAGACUGCCAUGGCUCUCCAAUCACUGGAUAUAACAUCGAGUAUGGAGAUAAAAAAAUCUUGACUGUUGAUAGAGUAACAGAGUAUGUUCUGAAAAAUCUACAGCCUAAUACUACAUACAGAAUCAGAAUUCAAGCUAUUAAUCAUUAUGGACUAAGCCCUUUUAGCCCAUCAAUAAGAAGCAAAACCAAACCAAUACUACCCGCGCCUCCACAGAUUGAUUGUGUGGUCCAAGGACACCAGAAUCUCAGACUCAAAUGGGGGAAUGCAUCAAGGAAAAAAUCACAUGCCAACUUUAUAAGCUACAACUUAUUAAUGGAGGACCGAUCUGGCAGGUAA